ACAGAUGUGUGUGUGUUUAUGUGCAUAUGAGUAUAUUCGAGUGUGUGUGUGUGUGUGUGUGUGUAUAGCAGUACGGAGGGAGGGCGGAAGUCGCGCUCGUGCACAAAAUCUGCUCUGCGAUUGCUGAAGUGUAAACAGGCGAUGGACGGCAACUCAGUUGAUUCCAGCCCGAGCUCCAGCCUGGUCGUAAUGACAUAAAGCUCGUCAAGAAAACCACUGGACACUACGCUAUUUCUAGCACUGUUACUUUUCUGUGAGGUAAACAGCUUGUUGGACUCCUCGGCUGCGUUUCUCUUUCUCACUCCUCGGGAAGAAGAAAAAAAAGUGUCAUUUUAGUUGCUUUUUCUGUCCUCCUUCAUGAGCGGUUUGUUCUGGGGUUUCUCCUCAGUGUAUACUCCGUGUGCUUUUCAGAUACAUUCAUCUCUUCUACAGGAAGACUUUCUGUGUGAUUACUGAGGACAUUUCUCGUUCUGUCAUGAUGAUUCGGCGCGGUUUAACCUAGCUAGCUGGCCUGGAAUAGCUAGCUGUAGCUAACUGGGAUUCUGACUCACUGAGUCACGGUCCAGCGGUUGACCGAACAACCGAAAAUUCGAACCCGCGCGCGGUUCUGUUUUGUUUCUCGUUUUCGGCGACGCGCGCACUCAAAUGGCAGAAAGCGUUGGAAUAAAGCAGAGCAAGCCUGGAGAAAGCCCCAGCACUGGGAAGAUAAAGCAGGCAGCAGCAGCAGAAAGCCCCGGAGCGAGCCCCGGCAACGGGAGGAAGAAGAACGGUGGAGAGAGCCCCGGCUCCGGAAGGAUGAAGCCGCAUCAGUCGCCCUCUACCCGGGCCGCUAAGUAUCACGCGGGCGCCGCCGGUCACUCUUUCCGCAAAGUGACUCUGACCAAGCCGACUUUCUGCCAUCACUGCAGCGACUUCAUCUGGGGGCUCGUGGGCUACGUUUGUGAAGUGUGCAACUUCAUGUCUCAUGAGAAGUGUUUGAAGCAUGUGCGGACCCUGUGCUCCUGCAUGGCACCCACACUGGUGCGGGUUCCUGUAGCUCACUGCUUCGGUCCAGCCGGUCAGAAGAAACGCUUCUGCUGCGUGUGCCGCAAGAACCUGGAGGGAACGUCGGCCCUACGCUGUGAAGUGUGUGAGCUGCACGUUCACAGCGACUGCGCCCCAUUCAUCUGCAGUGACUGUCGUCUGUGUCAUCAAGAUGGAGGCCAGGACUAUGACAUGUUCCAUCACCACUGGCGAGAGGGGAACACGGCAUCUGGAGCACGCUGCGAGGUGUGCCGGCGUGUCUGCGGCUCCUCUGACGUCCUCGCCGGUAUGAGGUGUGAGUGGUGUGGCAUCACGACGCACCCCGCAUGUUGUAUAAUGAUCCCUCCUGAGUGCGGUCUGGGUCGUCUGCGCAACAUGAUCCUGCACCCCAGCUGUGUCCGCAUCUGCUCACGCAACUUCAGCAAGAUGCACUGCUUCCGCAUCUCGGAGCCCCCGCAUCAGUGCGAACUGGAUAAUCUAGAUGACUCCGAUGUCCCGAACCCAGUAGCAUCGAAGGACAAUCAGUCCUCAGGCUCAUCGGAUACUGGGAAGCAGACUCUGAGAGUGUUUGACGGGGAUGAUGGCGCGAAGCGUAACCAGUUCCGGCUGGUCUCCAUUCCUAGAAUCACCAAGAGCGAGGAAGUAGUGGAAGCGGCGCUCAGGGCGUUCUACAUCCCGGACGAUGCGCAGGAGUACGAGCUCCAGAAUUACACCCACCCCGACCUGCUAAGCGAUGACAUCAUCAAUCGCAACGGCAUGCCCGACAGCAAGGCCAUGUUUAAGGACUGCCCCCCGGAGGUGUGGCUGCUCCGAGCCAAGCCCAAAGACACGGAGUUGCUCAAGAUCUACGCUGGCUGGCUUAAGGUCGGUGUUGCCUACAUUAGUAUCACCAUUGGGAAGAGCACAACGGUAGACUCCGUCAUUAAGGAAGCGCUCGUCCAGCUCGGCAAACAGAAUGAAAACCCUGCAGAUUUUAACCUGAUGGAGGUUUUCAUGAGCAGCAAACAAGUGCAGAAGCAGGUUCUUGGUGGUCAGGAGCUGUUACUGGAUAAACUGCAGGAGAUCAGGAAGACGUCUCUGAGGCAGAUGAACCAGACACGCUUUUACAUUGUGGAGAGCAGGAACCGGGUGGUCCAGGUGGACCUGCUGAUCGGAGGACUUCCGCUGCAACUCAACACAGAGGAGUACACAGAGCUGCUUCAGGAACACCUUGCUAUCAAGAGUCAGUUGGUCACCAUCACUCACAUCUACCCAGCACAAGGAGCGGUGGAUUUGCAGAUCACAUGUUUCUCUGAAGCCGAACGUGUCUACAUGCUGGCCAAAGACACCAGCAUCAAUGGCAAGCAGCUCUCUUGUCUCGUCAUACCUGAGAUCAUGAAAAGCGAGCUAGCCAGAGGCUCUUGCCCUUUGCUUGUGUUCAUUAAUCCUAAGAGUGGAUGCCUGAAAGGCAGAGAGAUCCUUUACGGCUUCCGGAAACUUCUCAACCCUCAUCAGGUGUUCGAGCUGACCAGCGGAGGGCCGCUGCCUGGACUGCACACAUUUCGCGAGGUUCCCCACUUCCGCAUGCUGGUGUGCGGAGGAGAUGGGACAGUGGGAUGGGUGCUGGGUGUGCUGGAGACCAUCAGACACAAACUAGCCUGUCCCGAGCCUGCCAUUAGCAUCGUACCUCUGGGAACAGGUAAUGACCUGGCACGUGUCCUGCGAUGGGGAGCCGGCUACAGCGGCGAGGACCCCUACAACGUCCUGGUCUCGGUGGACGAGGCAGAAGAGGUGGAGAUGGACCGCUGGACCAUCCUGUUUGACGCUCAGGAAAUGGCAGAGGAUGGAAAGGAGAAUGGCUUCCUGGAGCCUCCAAAGAUAGUCCAGAUGAAUAAUUACUUCGGCCUGGGGAUCGAUGCGGAACUCAGCUUGGACUUCCAUCAUGCUCGGGAAGAAGAGCCGGGAAAAUUCAACAGCAGGUUUCAUAACAAGGGCGUGUACGUGAAAGUCGGCCUGCAGAAACUGAGUCACACACGCAACCUUCACAGACACCUGAAGCUGCAGGUGGACAAGCAGGACAUAGAACUGCCAAGUAUAGAGGGCCUCAUCUUUCUCAACAUUCCCAGCUGGGGCUCUGGUGCAGAUCUGUGGGGUUCGGACAGUGAUGCACGCUUUGACAAGCCCAGGAUAGAUGAUGGCAUGCUGGAGAUAGUUGGAGUAACUGGGGUGGUACACAUGGGUCAGGUCCAAAGCGGGCUCCGCUCAGGGAUCCGGCUCGCUCAGGGCAGCUACAUCCGCAUCACCGUGACGAAGCCCAUCCCGGUGCAGGUGGACGGUGAGCCUUGGAUCCAGUCCCCCGGACAGAUCAUCGUCUCCGCAGCAGGACCCAAGGUGCGCAUGCUGAGGAAAUCAAAGGCCAAGCAGAAGAAGCAAUCUGGCAGUCUGAAGGAGGGAAGAGCCGAGAGCCCGGCACCGGGAGAGGGGGCAAACUGACAGAAAAGCCCACACACACACACACACACACACACACAGACACACUUUCAGAAAUGUCUGCUUCCACCUCCUUUAUGGGGUAACAAUCUAAUUCACUGGAUUAGAAAUGACAAAGGAAACGUCAUGUUUCUUGUUUAAAAAUGAACUCUUACAUUUUUGAGAGGCUUACAGUGGCAACAAAUAGAAAGGAAAUGAAGUGCUUUUAAUACUUUGUAGUUCCUCUUCCUUUCACUAAAACAGACUCGUUGCUAUAAAUAGACACUGCCAUUGCUUCAAAGUAAAAAAAUAAAUAUUUGCUUUUGUGAGUGGAAGUGGUUUUGGGAAAUUGAGAGAGGGUUUAAUUUUUGAAACAGAUUCACUGUAACAUAGAGCUCUGACCUGUAUCCUGCUUUACGUUUUGUGUGUGUGUGUGUGUGUGUAU